AUGCCUCGGACCUUUGGAGGUGACGGAGUCCCACCUCUAACUGACAAACCAGGGACUCCUAAGAUACGACUUGGCAAACAAAUGGUAAUGAGAUGGGGAGCUAUUAAUAUCAAUGGGGGCUACUCAGGGAAGAAGGUAGAGUUGGCAGAGGCUGCAAGUAAGAUGGGGCUGGACGUUUUAGCUGUUAGUGACACUCGGGGGGGCGGGCGGUCGCCGGGCCCCAGGGUGGAAGCACGCCGGGGCUCGCCAAGGAGAACAAAUGAAGGGGAGAACGCGGCCGGGGAAGGAGGUCCGCUGCUGCUGCCUCCGCUGCCGCCGCCGCCAGGCUCGACGCAUUCCGGGACACGGCCAGCGGGGAGCACUUUGCGCGAGGAGCGUCUGGCGGAGCUCGAUGCUGGGCGUCAAGGACGGCACUGGCUGUUGGCACACUGCACGCCGUCCCCGAUGAUGGACGUGGCGUUCGCCGCCACGACUAUGGACACCUACGAAGACAUGUUCAAGGAGAUAACCCGCAAGCUGUACGGCGAAGAGGCGGACGUGGAGACGGGCGGCAACGGGAGCGGGGGCGAGAGCGUGGGUGUGGGCGCCGUGCUGCGCAGCAUCGUGGCCGACUACGAGGAGCAGGAGGCGCACCACGGCCACGGCCACGGCAGCGCCCUCGCCGCCUUCGGGCUCCAGCACCAGGCGCUGCAGGGGCCGGCCGACCGCUGGCUGCCCAGCGACGAGCCGCCGCCGGCGUGGGCGGGCGGCUCGCGCGUCGCCACCUACAACCCGGCGCAGAAGCUCUUCCGCUGCGCCGACUGCGGCUGCGUCGGCUUCCUGGCGCGCGUCGCCGAGCACUGGCUCGGCUCGCACGCCAACCUGCGCGUCUUCCACUGCCCGCAGUGUCCGUACUCGAGCGCGUGGGCGCGCUGCGUGCGCACGCACCUGACGCGCCAGCACGCCGUGGCGCCCGCCGACGCCGACGCCGCACUCUUCGCGAACAACCCGGUGCUCGAGGAGGUGUCCAAGUUCCUGCACCGGCUCAAGGCGCGCGCCGAGGCGGCCGCCGCUGCGGCCGUCGCGGGCGGACACCCUCCGCCCCCGCCGCCUCCGUCGCACCACCCUCCCACACCGUCACUGCCACCACCGCCGCCUCCGCCGCCUGCGCCGUCGGCAUCCCAACAGCAACAGCAACAAGACUCGGGCGGCGUCAAGCGGUACUGCUGCGGCUACUGCCCGUAUUCGACGGACCGGCGCGACCUUUUCACGCGCCACGAGAACAUCCACCGCGAGGAGAAGCCGUUUCAGUGCUACGUGUGCCAGAAGCAGUUCAACCGCGCGGACCACGUGAAGAAGCACUUUCUGCGCAUGCACCGCGACUACCCGUACGACCUGAACCGCGUGCGUCGCCAGCCGGACAAGAGCCCGCCGGCGCCGUCGCCGGGCCCCGCCGCGCCGGCCGUGCCCACGCCGGGGGCGACGCCGGGCCUGCCGCACCACUACUUCGCUGCCGACCGGCCGGGCGCGCGGCCGCUGUCGGUGCCGCCGCCUCCGCCGCCUCCCACCGCCGCCCACCCGCCGCUGCACGCGCUCGACGUGCCCGCCGGCUUCCCCCCGCCGGUGCUGCGGCCGCCGACGUAUCCCCCGCCUCCACCCGACUGCGGCGGCAAGCGCGCCGGCUGCGCCGCCAAGUCGCACGCUAGCAAGAACAAGAAAAAGGCCGACAAGCGCUACUCGUGCUGCUACUGCUCGUGGUCCGGCGUCGACAACUGGUGCCUGAAGCGACACCUCAACACGCACCUGAAGCCGUUCGUGUGCGCGCUGUGCGACUACAAGGCCGCGCGUGCCGAGCGGCUGGCGACACACGUGCUCAAGGUGCACAACAAGCGCGCCUGCGGCAAGUGCUCCUUCCUCGCCGACGACCAGGCGCAGCUGGCCAUCCACAGGCAGGAGCACCACCAGCACCAGGGCGCUGCCCCGAGCAACCACUUUGGCCUGCUAAAGCGCGAGCAGCAGUAUGAGCUGGGUCUGCCGCUCCACGCCUUCAGCGCGCCGCGGUCCGCGCCCAAACAGCAGCACUUCGGUGCGGCGCGCCUCUUCCACUACAUGGAAGCGUCCGACACCUCCGACCAGGACGAGGAGGAGGAGCCGGUAAGCUGCUCUGCCCAGCGGCCUCCGCCGCCCGUCGGCUGCCGGCAGUGCGGCUGCGAGUUCGCCGACGUCAACUCGCUGCAGACGCACCAGCUCGUCCACCACACGGCCAAGAGCGGCGCGCCCGAGGCAGCCACUGACACUGCCAGCGCGAAGAAGCCGUGCACCAAACCGCUGCCCUACCGCUGUAGCGUCUGCGAGUGCAGCCUCGCGUCACAAGCACUGAUGCUGGAGCACAUGCGGAUACACAACGGACGCCUGCUCGCCUGCAAGGAGCGCGGCUGUGCCUUCGUCACCCCGCUCGGAGAGUCAGCACUCAGGGACCACUCCAAAAUGCACUCCCCUUCCGUCGGCAAUACUCCCCUUUGCUGCCCCCACUGCCAACACCCUCUGGACUCUGUCGAAUCCCUACAGCGGCACAGGCCGCUUCACCACUUACCUGAAACCCCCUGCGAUCUCUGUGACAGUGUUUCCCAAAAGUUUCACCACUGUCCACCACUCUCUGCCACUGCCUGCUGUGGAUCUGGCUGUGUAGACCUGAAAACUGGAACUUCCCUCAACUGUUCGUUUCCAAAAACUGACCAAGCUACAGCUGGCACGAAACGUUCUCGGAAACAGAGGCAGCCCAGACGAGUUGUAGCGAGAGGAGAAGACGCGUCGGAAAUUCGCGUCCUGAAACACUCUGUGUCUCCGAAGCCGCGGUCUGCCAAGUGGAGAACUCUCGGCACCAGUCGCACCUUGUGUCAACUCCGAGAGAAGUAUAUGAGCGGACUCCUCUCCCGCAAGAGGAUAAGGUGCAGCUGGUGUCCGCAACAGGCGCCACUGUUCCCCUACCACACGCCGGCCACACUGGCUCUGCACAAUUCGUGGCGCCAUAGCAUUCGCAAGUUUGAAUGCGAGCACUGUAGUGAAACCUUCCGCCACCGCUACCAAGUGAUCAUACAUUCCAGCAGGGAACACGCCGCAGUAAGCAGCACCAGUCGCGGAAACGGACCGGAAGGGAAACCGGUGGAGGACGUUUCACAGCAGUCUGGACCAGAAAGUGGAUGUCAAGGUGGAAAGGAGCGAAUGACUGUAAACACUCCCGCUUGCCCUCUGGCGGAACCCACAUUUCCUAGCAUGAAUGUACCUGAUUCUCUGAGUGAAAAUGUGCCAAUGACAACGAAAGAACUCUGCAAUGGAGAUAACCUACGCAGUGUCCAAAGUUAUACAAAAAACUCCAUUUUAAAUAUUCCACUGCCGCCACCCAUUAUGGCAACGUCGUCUUCGGUAUUGUGACCGUAUUACUUCUCUUACUAGGUUACAUCUUUUCACUCAAGGGUUAAAGUGCAAUAAACGUGUUUCCCACGUCCUAUUUUUCGUUAAGUGUGAAUGAAAUGAAGUGUGUCACAGCAAUGUAACUGUGAUAAAUACAAUGAUACCUUUAACUUUAUAGUUAAUUAAGACUGUAUAUAUAAUAAAUUUUUACUUCUUAAUACAGUUAAAUGAGAAUAUGUAGUAAAAAAAAAUUGCAGCUAUUAACUGAACAUCUCCAUUUUAUUGUAACUUUGUCAUAAAUUUCUCACUGUUCCUUAAAUAUGUUUUUCUUAAUUUUAGUUCUCUGAAGUGUAUUGUUUCAGAAUGAUGAGCAUGACAGUUCUGUAGUGUAAAUGAUAUGAAUACAGUUUCACACUGAAAUAUCUUUUAGUGGAAUGUUCAAGGCUUAGUUUUCACACAGCUUCUGGAAAUACAGAAUUGUUUUGAACCACAGCUUUGGUAGUCACUAAACUUCGUGAAACUUUCUGACUCAGCUAAUAGUGAAACCUGUAAACGAAGCACACUUCAAGCAAACACACUUUAAGUAUGAAAGCAGAAACUAAAACAAUACAUUGCACCAAUAAUAGUCAAAAUGAAAGUGAUCAGCUAAACACUGCCUCACACUGCCUAGAUAAAUAUAGGAAUUGUGAUAAAUUUAUUUAUUAUCAUAGGCUAUGUAAAAAUUUCCUAACCCAUGCAGUACUUUGUAAGAAAAUAUAAAUGGCAAUCAUUUUCAUAACUCCCUAUGUUAAAUAUUAAGUUCCUAACAACAUGACUCAGCACUAGAAUCAAAUCUGGCGAAUUUUCCUCGUCAUCUACACUAUCUUUCACUGUUUCAAUGUCCAAAUAUGAAUUUGUAAUUAGAGAAUAUCAUCUGAUAAAGUACACAAAAAUGUGAACUAUAUGAUAAUGCACAAUCAUAUGUUUUUGAUAUGUUUAAUUUCUUCAUCUCCUUGUAUCUUUUCUCUUCCUUUGUCUCAUUAUGUUGUCAGCUUCAUUAUGUUACUCUGUUGGUUUUUAAUUUUCUGUUAUAAAUGAAACAAAAGCAGUUUCUCACUGGAAGAUACUUAAAUAGCAAUAAUUAGUUAGUUUAAUAAUCACUAGAAGAAACUAGAAAAGUGUAGUUUUCAUUAGAAUGAAUUGAAUCACUUAUACUCAGUUGCAUUUAAAGUGGUAUUACAUUAUACAGGAGUUCCAUGUAAAAUUUAAUGGCCAUUAGCAGACAUCUAGAAAUGUCACCCAUUAAGAAGGUGAAUAGAUGAUGUCACUCAUAAUUUUAGAUAUAAUUUAAAAUUUGUUAAAAAUCUAAACAUUAUUUAUAUAAAUGCUACAAUAUUGAUUUAUCUCCAGAUCACUAAUAACUAUGCAACAGUAAUUGCAAUAUUCAUUAGCAAACUCACUUUGCACAGAUCUGGCCAAAUCAGGGCAUUGAUGUUUUCAUCAUUUUUUAAGUCAGUGAUAACAGAAAUUACAGGGACAGAAACAAUAGCAUCAGCAACUAAGUUAAACUUAGAGAACACUAGCAGUUUGUGCCAAUAUUGCAAAUAAAGCUGGUGAAGAAAAACUAAAUUAAAAAUAGUUUUCUGCAAUUAUAAGAAUACAUUACUUGAUGGUUGCAAUAUUUUAAAGUAUCUACAUUAAUUCCUAGCUUUGGCUACCAGUGAAAUUGUUGUAACAUUAUGUAGUUUAAUCUGUAUUAAAUUUCAAGAGUUUUCCUUGUGUGGUAUAAUUUUGAGGACUAUAAAAUGUAAUGGGUUUUAUUUCAGGAAGACCCUAUUUUUUUAUUUCUUACUUACAUGGUAUCUGGAAACAGAAUACUUAAAACCAAAUGAAACAACUAGAACCUACCGAUCAUUCUCCCUCAAAAGUACACAGUUCGUGGGAUAUAUAGAGCUAAUUUAAUUAUGUUUACUGUAGCAGUUGCUGUAAAUGUUGUGAUUAUGGAUGGACUUCUUGUAAACCUGCCAUAACAAGUUCUGCUAUGCCUCACUGCUAACAUCAUAUGUAUAAUCCAAACAGUAUGUCCUCAUCACAUGCUACUUGUAAUUCUCAAACAAAUGUGUGUACAUUAUGUAAACUAACACACUCACUAAUAGCAAAUGUGUCACUGGAGUUCAGUUUUUUCUAAAUACACUGCUAGGUUGUUGUCAAUAUUAGUACUGCACAUAGUUCAAUAUUCUGAUAAAUUGUGGCAAAGAAGAAUAACAGGAAACUUAUGUUAAAUAAUAAAUAAUCUGCAUAUUACCUUGUCUUUCAUAUUUGUUCGUUAAAAUUGUACUUUUGAUAGUAUAUGUGCAGCCAUUUUUUAAAAUCUCAUCUAUUUCAGAACCUAUGCUUCUAACAUGAUAAAGAAAUGGAGAUAUCUUUUACUUAUACUGCUCACAACUUCUAUGUGCUCAUUGUGCAUCUGCAAGUAACGUAACCAAAAAUCGUUUUGUUGAACUAUUUUUAGGUAGUGGAGUACCGAAAUAGAGAAACAAUACCUUUGGUUUAUCAUGUUUCACUUUCUGGAUUUAUAAAGAGUGUAAUUGCCAAACAACAAACUCUAGUGAUAGUGCAUGAUGAGAAAGUGAUUACCACAUGGGAAUGGAAAAGUUAUUGUAAUGCUUAAAAAAAUUCGACUAGUUUUUAAACAGCACCAAUAUUUAUUAAUAUAAUUUUUUCCUCUCUUGUAAAACUAUUUGCAUAUGAAAAAUGUUCUUUCAUUUCAAUUUUUCUCUGUGU